AUGGCAGGGGACAACGAGAUGCUGGUGGGUAAGUUCAUCCUGCUGGGACUCUCCCUUCAUCCCCAAGCAAAGGUCCCCUUCUUCAGUCUGCUGCUGAUUUUCUACAUUGUGACCCUUCUAGGAAAUGGCCUCAUAGUGCUGCUAAUCAUGGCUGACCACCAACUCCACACCCCCAUGUACUUCUUCCUCAGCAACCUCUCCUUCCUCGACAUCUGCUAUUCCACCAGCUCAAUCCCUCAGAUUCUGGCAUAUUCCUUUGUAGAGAAACCCACGGUAUCUUACAAGACAUGCUUCACCCAAGGCUAUAUUUCUCUUUACCUAGGCAUGACUGAGUGUCUCCUGCUGGCUGUCAUGGCUUAUGACCGCUUUGUGGCCAUCUGCAACCCACUGCAUUACCCUCUGAUCAUAAACAGGAAGGUGUGCAUCCAGCUGGCAGCAGUAUCCUGGGCUAGCGCAUUACUGCUGACUCUGGUCCCAGCACUGAUGAAGCCAAAGCGGUUUUGUAGACACAUCAUUAAUCAUUUUGUUUGUGAACUACAAGCACUCCUCAAACUGGUUUGUUCUGAUAUUCACAAUAAUGAAAUUGCCACCUGGGUUUCAGGACAACUGGUCCUUGUAGGACCCUUUCUCUUCAUCCUGGUCACGUAUUUGCGCGUUGGCUUGGCCGUGCUGCGGAUUCGUUCAACCCAGGGCAGAAGCAAAGCAUUUUCUACCUGUGGCUCCCACCUGGCUGUGGUCAGUAUAUUCUAUGGCACAGCCAUGUUUAUGUACUUGCGCCCACAAUCCAAAUCUACUGCAGACCAAGACAAAAUGAUUUCUGUGUUCUAUGGUGCUCUGACACCCAUGCUGAAUCCCCUAAUUUACAGUCUGAGGAACAAGGAUGUGAAGGGAGCCUUAAGGAGAACAAUAUUAAAGGCAAUGUGUGCACAGAACUAA